GGCUAGCUCCCCAAAAUCCGAAGGUUUUGGCCAGAUUCGGGGGAGCUGGGGCGGCUUGGUGCUGUUUCCUAUCCCUAGGUAAUAAGCCUUAAAGUGCCCCCUAGCGCCUUCCUAGAGCCCCACGAGCUGAAGUUUAGCUGCCCUCCCGCAGUGCCUGCCCGCUGGCUAACCCUUAUUAGCUGGCCCUGAGCCGGGGAAAACAACCUGGACAGAUUCCCCAUCUUGGAUCCUGCCAACGUCAACGUCAUCGUUAGAUCUGACCCUAGCUCCCUUCGCCCUCGACCCAAACACCAGCCCACGCCCGCCCCCUGAGGUGGCCGAGGGGACAGGGACUCCAAGGGCAACGACAUACACAAACGCAGCAGAACAUCCAAUGGCGCCGCCCAGGGCCACAGGUGCUGCGAGCGCUGCCGAGCCAGCCGCAUUUGUGCACCCCUCGGCCAAGCACGCGAAGAAGGCAGCCAUCAAGAACGCCUACGCCAUUGAGCCCAUCUCGGCCUUCUACGUGUUCCUCGCUGCGAGCCUCGCCGCCGCCGCCUUCGCCCCCAUCCAGGACUGCGACGAGACCUUCAACUACUGGGAACCCGCCCACUACCUGAGCCAUGGCUACGGCCUGCAGACCUGGGAGUACUCGCCCGACUACGCCAUCCGCAGCUGGCUCUAUAUUGCCUUCCACGCCGUCGUCGCCAACGUCCGCCGCCUGCUUCCACGGUCGACCAAGGUUGCCGAGUUCUACUUCCUCCGCUACAUGCUCGCCUUUGCGUGCGCCUUCUGCCAGACGCUGAUGUGGCGCGCGACGUGCCUGGCGCUCAACCCGCGCGUCGGGCUGUUCUUCAUCGCGGCCCUCGUGCUGAGUCCUGGCAGCUUCCACGCGAGCGCGGCGUUCCUGCCCUCGAGCUUCGCCAUGUGCGCGGCCAUGGCCGGCGCCGCGUGCUUUAUGAACUGGCGCGGCGGGCUCAAGACCUCGCAGGGCAUGUUCUGGUUCGCCGUCGGUGGCGUCCUGGGCUGGCCCUUUGCCGCCGCCUUGUGCGCCCCUUUCGUGCUCGAGGAGGCUCUGUUUGCUGUGCUGAGUGAUCAGGAGAGGUUUUUCGAGUCUAUCUUCCGCCUCACCCGCGGUGUCGUGUCGGCGCUGGUCCUCGUCGCCUUGGACACCUGCGUCAACACCUUCUUCUACCGCAAGGUCGAGGCCGUGGCGUGGAACAUAGUCAAGUACAAUAUCUUCUCGGCGACUGGCGGGCCCGAGCUAUACGGCACCGAGCCGUGGCACUUCUACUUCAAGAACCUAGCGCUCAACUUCAACGUGUGGUUCGUGCUGGCGCUCCUGUCACUACCACUAUUCCUCUUCCAAAAGCUCCUGUCGCGGUCCUCGGGCCAGUCCUUCCAGUCGGGCCUGCGCACCGCCGUCUUCCUGUCGCCGUUCUACACGUGGCUGGCCAUCUUCUCGCUGCAGCCGCACAAGGAGGAGCGCUUCAUGUACCCGGCGUAUCCGUUCCUGGCGCUCAACGCCGCGCUGGCGCUGCACACGCUGCUGGCCGCCUUCGGCCACGCCGACCCCAAGACGCUCGUGGGCAGGAUCCCCGCCAGACUCAAGCUGGCCGCCGUGGCGCUGGGACUCGCCCUCGCCACCGCCCUCGGCCUCGCCCGCACCUACGGCCAAUACUCGGGCUACGCGGCGCCUCUGGCACUGUAUGACCCGCUGCUCGAGGGCGGCGUGGGCGGGCGCGGCGACACGGUGUGCUUCGGUAAGGAGUGGUACCGGUUCCCGGGGUCGUACUUCCUGCCGCGUGACAUGCGCGCCAAGUUCGUGCGCUCCGAGUUCCGCGGCCUGCUGCCCGGCGAGUUCGCCGAGGCACGCACCGGCUUCGGCUUCUGGAGCGGCACCUGGCUGCCCGCCGCCGGCCUCAACGACCGCAAUCGCGAGGACCUCGGCAAGUACGUCGACCUCGCCGCCUGCGCCUUCCUCGUCGACACCCAGUACCCCCACCGGCUCGAGACAGGAGGAGGGUUGCUGCCCCCCGGCGAGCCCGACUACGUCGCCGACCACGCCCGCUGGGACACGGUCAACUGCCUGCCCUUCCUCGACGCAGAAGCCACCCCAUUUCUUGCCAGGGCCCUGUGGGUGCCGAACUGGUCGUUCAUUCCAGAGCGUUUCCAGAGGAAAUGGGGGCGCCACUGCCUGCUGCGUCAGAAGAAGUGACGGCAGAGCAUAGUGGUGGUGGUGGCGGUGGUGGCGGUGGCGGCGGUACGCUGAUGGUGAUAUUCAGCGGGCACGCAGUGUGUAUGUGUGUGUCCAUAUACUAAAAAUCUGGUGUAUGUAGCGGACAGACGGUGUGGCAUCUAGACGUGUCAUAUACGCACCUUAUCUGGCUGUCUCUUGUUUAAUAGGAAUGGCUAUUCGUCGAGAUCUCUCUCUCUCUUUGUGUGUGUGUGUGUGUGUGUGUAUGUGUGUUUUUGUGUUUGUGUGUGUUUGUGUGUGUUUGCUUCUGUCAUGAGCUUCGUAUUUUACAGCGAGCCGAAUCACGAAAA